AUGGUAGAUCAUUCAGCACUACUUGGGCAAAUAUGUGAUGGCCCAAGUCAGAAAUUCGUUUCACGUUCAGGCUUCAUGAAAGUUUUACUCCACAGAGAGUCCUAUCGUGCAGGCUCUGGCUUUUUUGCCUAUUACGAUAUAACAGGAAUGGAUGACAGAGAAAACAAUGCCUCUCCAGAGAGCAUUAAGCCUGCCAAAUUGCAGGCACUGCAAGGCUUGGUUUUAUCCCUACUACAAAACAUAUGCAGUUUGAACUGCCGCACAGACUAUAUUGCCGUCUAUGAUGGUGGCCUGGGCUCAUCAAGACAACUUGGAAGAAUUUGCUUGGCUACCCGUCAUGUAUUUAUAUCCACUUCAAACGCAAUGACUGUUGUGUUGUACAGAAAUUCCUUUAAUGCAGGACCAUCAUUUACUGCUUAUUACUAUAUUACGCCACAAGAAACAACCACAGAACACAUCUUGCAAGAAACAACUACAGAACACAUUUUGCAAGAAACAACCACAGAACACAUUGAUCCUACUUCUGUCACCCCGGAAGCAACUACAGAAGCAACUACUGCUGCUGUUCUAUCCACAACUGGAGAACCGACCACUAUAGUCACAGAGUCUUCUUCUACUCCUCCUGUUCUAUCCACAACCGGAGAACCGACCACUAUAGUCACAGAGUCUUCUUCUACUCCUCCUGUUCUAUCCACAACUGGAGAACCGACCACUAUAGUCACACAGUCUUCUUCUACUCCUCCUGUUCUAUCCACAACUGGAGAACCGACCACUAUAGUCACACAGUCUUCUUCUACUCCUCCUGUUCAAUCCACAACUGGAGAACUGACCACUAAAGUAAUAGAUCCUCCUUCUACUCCUAUUGUAUGUGGUGGCUAUCUCUCCCUUCCAAAUGGAUCUAUCUCUGGACCAUAUUAUCCUGGAAACGGUGCCAUUAUACAGUGUAGCUGGGAAAUUCAAGUGAGCCCUGAUAGACAAAUAGUUCUCCAGUUUUCUUAUAUUCGUCUGGACUGCAAUAAAGAAUAUAUUGAGAUCUUCGAUGGGUACCCACAUGUCUCCACUCCGCUUGGAAGAACUUGCUCUGGCAUCUAUCUCAACUAUACCUACAUAUCAACUUCCAACACCAUGACUAUUCUGCUGCACAGAGAUUCAUAUUACUCAGGAAAUGGGUUUUAUGCUUCUUACUAUUCUAUUCCAUUAAGAAUAGAAACAACUACUGAACCACCUCUCAAUGAAUCAACAUCUGUUCUAUCCACAACUGGAGAACCGACCACUAUAGUCACACAGUCUCCUUCUACUCCUCCUGGAACAAACUACCAUCAGCUUUUUAGAAAUCUUCCAUUUCUAUCCUGA